AUGCUGCUUAUCUCCUACAGUAUUCAACAAAGCUCUGGUGAAUUGGCUGAGAAAAUGCAAAAAUAUGGGCGAGGGAGAGUGAGGGAUGACACAUUAUUUACAUUGUUUUUUCUGGAUGAUCAGAUAGUUAUUUCUGAAGACGAAAAAGAUCUCAGUUACAUGAUCAGAAAACUCCAAGAAGAAUACGAGGCGAAUCUCUCGAAAUGUGAAUACCUUAUAGUAGUCAAUGAAGAGAUAAAAUACCUAACCUUAGACACUAACACAAGAGGAAUAAAACCUAGUAAAUACCUUGGAAUAAUAUUUAAUAAAACAAACAGCGGAAAUGAAAUGCAAGAAAGAGUAAAUAAAGGUAGAACAGUAGCCAGAACAUUGACCUCUCUUCCCUGGAAUAAACAAAUUAAAAGAUCCACAAAAAAGCGCAUUUACAGUAGCAUAGUACAAAGUGUAACUCUCUACGGUUCCGAAAUAUGGGAUGUUACAAAAGCCAAUAAAAAUAAACUUAUGACAACUGAAAUGGAUUUUCAAGAAGAAGCUGCAGACGAUCAAAACUAG